UCUGUAUUGUUUUACAGACCUGGUCCUUUAGCUGCUCAAGAUGCCAGUUAGACAAGACGCCCAGCUUGAAAAACUGAUUGAUGAGACUCUGAAGAAGAGUGAAUUUCAGAGCUUGGAAGAGUUCCUGCAGGGUGACAUCAAUGAAGACGCAUGUCAGAAAUGCACCAAACAGUUCAUAAAUAAACUGGACAAAGUGAUCAGAAGGGAGCUUGAUAAAAACAAUGUUAAGAAUGCCUCUCUGGUGUUGUCAGGCCUGCAUAAGUUUGGGAAGACCCUGAGCAUUCAGGCAGCUGAUGGAGUCACUGUAAUGAUAAAGCAAGGGCUUGUUGAUAAGAUAAGUAUAAAGAUGUAA